AUGACAAGGGCAGGCAUUUACAUGGCAGGCACAUGUCACACAAAUAUUUAUAAAACAGAGAACAGUCAUCUUAGCAAUAUAAAGCCCUGGUUACUCUCAGGCAGAGAGCUGACCCAGUUACGGGAGAAGUUACAGGAGGAGAGAUGCCUCCCGCUCCUGAAUCAGCAUUUCAAGGCCCUCCUCACUCCUGAUGACCUUGAAAAGUCCCAGGAAAAUGAUGAAGAUGAGGAUGAAGAUGAGAUGGAUGAGGAGGUUGAGAAAGUACAGGAAUCACCUGCCCCCAGGGAGGUGCAGAAGGCUGAAGAAAAGGAAGUCCCUCAGAAUUCACUGGAGGAAUGUGCUGUCACUUGUUCAAAUAGUCACAACCCUUCUAACUCCAACCAGCCUCACAGGAGCACCAAAAUCACAUUUGAGGAAAACAAAGUUGACUCUGCUCUGGUUGUAGAGAGUGAACGCAUUCAUCAUGAAGAGGAGGAAGCUCUAAACAUUCUCCCAG